CACGUGCCACCUCCCCUCUUCAAAAUUUUUUGAAUCCUCUUUUCUUCUCUCUCCUCCACAAAAGUGAGAGUGAGACUGAAAUCUAAACAAUCAAUUGGAAUUUGGAGUAAAUGCUAAGAACUUUCAUGGUUUUAUUGAUCUUCUCUCUCUAGAAAAUUUAAGAAGAGAGGAAUUUCUUCAGUUGUUUUAUACUCUGUUGAAAAGAAGAUGAACAACAAUAGGCAAACGCAGAAAUCUGGGGUUUCAACUGCUCAUCAUCAGAGACAACAUUCUGAUAAUUUUUUGGAUAAUGGGUUUUGGGCUCAGUCUAAUGGGGCUCAACAGGACUAUGGGUAUUAUGGGCAAGGAACAAGGGGAAGUAGGAAUGGGCAGAGAGGUUAUGGUAACGGCAGUGGGGACUUUUAUGCGGAGCCAUCAACACCGCCGGUGAAUUCGUCCCGGAUUUCGAGGAAGAACAGUGAGGAUCAGAUUUCGCCAAACGAGUUCAGCCCUGGUCUUUUAGAUCUUCACUCUCAUGAUACUGAACUCCUGACUGAGAUGCCUGCUCCUGGUCAGUACAAUGGUUCUAUGUAUCAAUCCUUCCAGAGCCGAAGUUUUGACGACUUUGAAGUUCCCACAAGCAAGCAGAAUGGGACUAAUAGGGCUCGUGGUAUGCAAGAGAACAGUCUUUUGAAAAGUGUUGCUGUGGAAAAGGAUAGAAGUAAUUCUGUUGCAAAAAUCAAAGUUGUGGUUCGGAAGAGGCCUCUUAACAAAAAGGAGCUGACUAAAAAUGAGGAAGAUAUUAUUGAUACACUUGGCAACUCUUUGACGGUUCAUGAAACUAAAUUGAAGGUUGACCUGACAGAAUAUGUGGACAAGCAUAAUUUUGUCUUUGAUGCUGUGCUGGAUGAGGAAGUUUCAAAUGAUGAGGUCUACCAUGAAACUGUGGAGCCCAUUGUGCCUAUUAUUUUCCAACGCACGAAAGCCACGUGCUUUGCAUAUGGACAAACAGGAAGUGGAAAGACUUAUACAAUGAAGCCUUUGCCCCUUAGAGCUUCCAGAGAUAUUCUACGGCUAAUGCAUCACACUUACAGAGAUCAGGGUUUUCAUUUGUUUGUCAGCUUCUUUGAGAUAUAUGGUGGAAAGCUUUUCGAUCUCCUUAAUGAGCGAAAAAAACUCUUCAUUAGAGAAGAUGGAAAACAACAAGUGUGCAUAGUAGGAUUGCAAGAAUAUAAAGUGUCAGAUGUGGAGAUGAUCAAAGAGCUCAUAGAGAUAGGAAGUUCCACCAGAAGUACUGGGACUACUGGUGCUAACGAAGAGUCCUCCCGCUCACAUGCUAUACUUCAGCUUGCUAUCAAAAGAUCAGUUGAUAAAGCCGAUACGAAGCCUCCACGACUUGUUGGAAAACUUUCUUUCAUUGAUCUUGCCGGGAGUGAACGAGGUGCAGAUACCACAGACAAUGAUAAACAGACCAGGAUAGAAGGAGCUGAAAUCAAUAAAAGCUUGCUUGCCUUGAAGGAAUGCAUCAGAGCUCUUGACAACGACCAAAAUCAUAUACCUUUCAGAGGGAGUAAAUUGACUGAGGUGUUGAGGGACUCUUUUGUUGGAAAUUCAAGGACUGUAAUGAUUUCUUGCAUUUCCCCAAGUUCCGGCUCAUGUGAACACACUCUUAACACACUGAGAUAUGCUGACAGGGUGAAGGGCCUUUCUAAAGGAAACAAUGCAAAGAAGGACAAUUCACUUCCCACUGCAAAUUUAAGGGAAUCGACAAAUUUUCCAUUAUCUUCUGGUUUACAAGCUGUGCUCAAGGAUGACAGCAAUGAUGCUUGGCCCCAACCCGUUGAGAGAGGUGAGUAUGAUAUUCCUGAAGAAACGUAUGAUCAUCCAAAAGUUCCCAUGAAGAAAAAUGGAAAGCUUGACUCGAGCACCUAUGCUUCUGAGGAUAAAAUAAGAACUGUCAAGGGUCAGGCAAAAUGGAAAGACAUGCCCAAAGUCGAGACAAAGAAUCUUGAUUCAGAUGAUGAUGACUUGAGUGACCUCUUGCAGGAAGAAGAGGAUCUUGUCAAUGCUCACCGAAGACAAGUUGAGGAGACUAUGGAUAUUGUAAGAGAGGAGAUGAAUUUGUUGGUUGAAGCAGACCAACCAGGGAAUCAGCUUGAUGAUUACAUUACUAGACUCAAUGGCAUUUUAUCUCAGAAGGCUGCUGGCAUUAUGCAGCUGCAGACACGCUUAGCUAAUUUCCAAAAACGAUUGAAGGAGAAUGAUAUUUUAAUGUCAUCAACAGCUUAUUGAUCUCAUUGUGUCUAUUGAAGAAGCUGGAAUUCAUAGAGCAGCUUUCUGCAUAGUGCAACUCCAUCAAUUGUUUAUCGACAAGCUUCUGUUGCAGGAUUGUUGUGCCUUGUUGAUAUGCCUGCUGCCUGCAGGAAUUUUUUUUUAACCCUCCUGCUCAUAUGUUGCAGCUGCUACCAAGUUGGAAAUGAUUUUCGCUUUUGGAGAAAGCCUUGCUCAUUCUCUUCGUGUUAUUGUUGCGUAUUAUGGCCAGGAGAGGAUAUGUUACAUAUAAACAUACUAUGAGAAAGAGGUGUUUCAUCAUAGUUAAGCAUGCAUUUGUAAAGAUUUCUAGUAAAAUAACCUCCCUUGACCACUGUAUAUUAUUUGUCAGCCGAACUUUUUUGCAUGAUAUCUAAGAUAGCUGAUGAUGGUAUAGCAAGAUGGUAUAGCAAGAUAACUUUUAGCCUUGGCCAUUGGUGAUAUGGUUCGAUGUGCAUCAUUUCGUACAUCACUUUAUAAUAUGAAGUGCUUGUUCUCUGUGUUUAACUGAAA